AUGGAUUUACCCGGCAGAAACAUCGCAGAUCGCAUCCCACCGGAGAUCAUGCUGAGGAUACUCACGAUCUACCACGACGCGAUAGCUCCUGUGCAAAGGCUACUAUACGUUUGCAAGUCCUUCAAGGCCUUGAUCGAGGACCACUCCCGCUUCUGGAACCGGCUCUACAUCCUCGAGCCCAUCCCGGAGGACCUCCCGCACCUCGAGCGCAUUCUGCAGCUUUCCCGUUCGCAGCCGCUCUAUGUCACGCUCGUCCUCCCCGGCAACGACGCGUACGAAGACACCGAGCCGCCAGAGGCCGACAGCGCCGCCGCCGCCGACCUUUGCAUACGCCGGCUCCGGGACCAGCAACACAGGCUCGCGAGCCUCGGCGUGUUCGCCUUCCGCGACGGCGACAUCCGCGCCGUCGCGCGUGCGCUGGAGGGUGCCCAGCUCCCGGUCCUGCACGAGCUGUGGCUCGCCGACGUCGUCGAUCAGCACACCUCGGAGAACCUGCACCGGCUCGCCAAGCUUCCCGAGCCGCCCGUGUUCAUCUUCGACCGCGCCGCGCCGCCACCGCUCCUCUCCGUGGUGCGCAUCGAACAGCGCAUCGCGCGUUACGCCGUCGCCCCGAUGCGCGGCCUCACGGCGCUGCACCUCGGCACGCCCGCCGGCAGCCGCUGCGACGAGCUCCUCGACAUGCUCCAGAUCGCGACGCAGGGCUCGCCCGGGCUGCAAUGCCUCGGCCUCGGCCUGUGCGGCGUGAUGCUCCCGCUCUCGCAGACGCUGCGGGAGCCGCAGUCGCUCCCUUUCCCCGCGCUGCUCUACCUCCACCUCGAGGGCGGCUCGGAGACGAUCGCCUGGAUCGUGCUCUGGACGCUCUCCGCGCCCGCGCUCAAGGCGCUGCACGUCAUGGACCACUUCUUCGACCCCAUGGAGCUCGAGCACGAAGAGUUCCUCGAGUGGCCGCAGGACCCGGCCGAGACGUUCACGCAGCGCUUCGGGCCCGGCGGCAUCUUGCCCAGCCCGUACGCGAGCGUGCAGAGCCUCACCCUCCGCAACGUCGGCUGGCUGAGCCUGCUGCCCGUCCUGCCGAACCUGCGCCACCUCACGCUGUGCUGGGUCCACUACGUGUUCAGCAUGGUGGAGUACCUCGGCGAGCCGCCGGAGAAGGCGCCCGAACUCGAGGUGCUCACGUUCGAGGGUGACCUCAUCAACGACGAGGGUCGUCGCCUGUUCCUCGACGUCGUCCGCCGCAAGGCGCGCAAGGGUCGGCUGCGCCGCGUCCGGAUGUUCCAUCUUCAGGAAGACGGAAUUGGUAACCGCCACCCGGAGGAGUUCAUGCAGAGCUUGAGAGAGUUGGUGGAGGUGUCGUAUGUCAACCCUCACCCUCGCGACUUUAACAUGGAUGGAGAGGCGUUGGCUCAUCUGUACGCCUCCGCGACCGAGGUCGACGAUUGGGAGUGGCACAUGGCGGAGCGCUCGUGGUGAUCGCAAAAUCCAGGCGAACAAGCUGGACAUACCAGCUGAUAUACCAGAUCAAGU